ACCUAUAACCAGACCUAGAGCUAGUCAUUUUCUCUUCUCUUAUAGACUCCUAAGUUGCUUUCAAUUAUCUUUUCAGGAACAUGCAACCCUCUUGGCCAUGUAUACUCACUUCACUCGUUUGCUAUUUUCAUUGCUUAAUUCUUCCUUAUAGAACCUUCAUAUAUAUUUUUCUCUCUUUAUCCCUACACCCCGAGCUUCAUAUUUUUGCAUGUGAUCAUGGAGGGAUCUAAUGACUCUCAGUACUGGAUGUAUGUGAAGAGAGAACAAAUCCUGAAGCCACAGUACUCACACCUUGAAGCAGCAGUUGGAGAUGUCAUUAACAACAAUUUCUCAUGGGAAGAAAGAGCUUUUGCAGAAGAUGCGGCUAGAUUACAUGGUGGGAGCAUGUGGCCUCAAAGAUCUUACUCUUGCACCUUUUGCACAAGAGACUUCAAAUCUGCUCAAGCCCUUGGGGGUCACAUGAAUAUCCACAGAAGGGACAGGGCUAGGCUCAAACAAAAUCAUCACAAAAAUGAUCAUUUCAUCAAAUCCUUAUUAUUAGGUAAUAACCAUCACUUUUUAUCUGCACCAGAAAUCUCCACCCAGUUAGAUUGUGGUUUUACUCAUGCUUGUUAUUCUAGCCCUGCAACUACAAUCACAACAACCAGGCUCUCAUGUAUAUCAUCCACACAAGAAAAUUGUGGCGACCAUAAUUUUUCACCUUCUUCUUCAAUUAUCUUGGGCCAUGUAGGGUCUCCUAAUUCAGAACAAGAAGGGGUAGUCAAAGCAAGGGAGUACAAAUUUAAUGGCUUGGGAGGUAGCAAUUAUGUUGAAACAAGUUUGUCCGUGGGACUGACUUCAAUGUUUGGCCAAAAAUCAUCAUCACCAGCCGUUCCUUGUGGGGACAGAUUCAACAAUAGUUGCAAGAGGCUAAAGAGUAGCAUUUCUUCUCAGCCUCUCUUCCUCAAGCCAUGUUCAAAUGAUAAAAGCUCGGAUUUUAAACCUGUGGAACAUGGAAUGGAGUACUUGGAUCUUGAACUCAGGCUAGGGAAACAACAGCAAGUUAAGUAGUUAUUUAUUUAUAGUAAAAACAGAAGUUGCUGUGAAGUUAUAUUUAUAAGUCUUAUCAGUGUUGUUGCUUUGUAAUUCUCCUCUUGUCCCUUCUCUCUCUCUCUUGAUCCUCCAUUUUUGGUUGAUAGAACAAAGGGAAUUAGA